AUGUCCGGCCAACAACCACCGCCGCCCUUUGGCAAUGGGCCGCGUGGCUGGAAUCCACGUGCGCCUAAUCCCGCCUCACCGUCGCCGUCAUCAUUUCUGUACCGUCCGCCCUCGCCGUGGACGGCGCCCAGUCCGCCGCCCAUAAUUUCGGGUCCACGUGCCUUUGGUCAUGCCAUGUCACCAGCUCCAGGUGUGACGCAGUCCCAGGUGCGUGGCCAGCGUGGCAGCAAUAAUAUGCCACAUCCGUGUCCACAAUGGCCGGCCGGCAAUCAAUCGCCUGCGCCUUAUCAGCCACCACCGUCCACGUUCCAAUCGCAGACGCAGCCACAACCACAGCCCGGCUAUGGCUAUGCUCCCCAGACGCCCACUAAGUUUGGACCACCAACACCUGGAUCUCCAGCCUAUGGCUCUGCGCCGCGUCCCUUCCGAUCGGCGCCUCUUCAGCACCAGAACUCGUAUGGCCAACCGACCAGCUCAUUUCAAUUGUCGCCCACGCCAUCGCCUAUUGUCUGUCAGACGCCCAGUUCGGAUUUCAUGUACAGCAACCGCCAGACGCCGCUGUCGCAUCUAUACGAGAAUGUGCCACCAGCACCGCUGCAGCGUCAGCUACAGCCACAACCGCAUUAUCCACAACCGGCACCGCCACCGCAAUACCUCCAUCAACCACCGCAAUCGCAACAACCGAGACAACACGCUCAAGAUCAAGUCGACUUUGUAGGCGUGCCAUUGGAGCCUCCGCAACCUAAAUCGUAUGUGAUUUAUGAUGACGAAGAGGAAUUUGGUCCAUCGACUGCCGAAAUAAUUGCGAAUCAGUCGCAAGACUAUAUCGACGAGAAGCUUGCCGAAUAUCAAAUGACGAUAUUGCAGCUGCAAGAGGAGCAAGAACGGGUGCAGAAGAAGACAUUCACUAAUUGGAUUAAUUCAUACCUUUCGAAGCGUGUUCCACCGCUUCGCAUCGAUGAUUUAAUCAAUGAUUUACGCGAUGGUACGAAACUCAUUGCAUUGCUCGAAGUUCUAUCCGGCGAACGUUUGCCCGUGGAGAAGGGUCGUGUGCUGAGACGUCCACAUUUCCUUAGCAAUGCCAAUACAGCCUUACAAUUUUUAGCUAGCAAACGCAUCAAAUUGGUCAAUAUUAAUCCCGCAGAUCUGGUGGAUGGGAGACCACCAGUUGUGUUGGGUCUGAUAUGGACGAUCAUAUUGUACUUCCAGAUCGAGGAGAAUAGCCGCAACCUAGAAUAUUUGGGUCAUGGUAUUGGCGGUUCGGUUAGCUCGCUCGACAGCGUUGGCAAUCAAAAGGCUGGCGAUCUAAAGGCUGAAAAAUGGAAGCAGGGAGCCAGAAAAACACUGCUAAAUUGGGUUACAAAUGCCUUACCAAAAGACAUUGGUGUGGAGGUUAAAGAUUUUGGCGCCAGCUGGAGAGAUGGUGUCGCUUUCCUCGCACUUAUCGAUGCAAUUAAGGCAAAUUUGGUUAACUUGGCUGAGCUAAAGAAGACUAGCAACCGCCAGCGCUUGGAGACAGCUUUCGAUGUGGCCGAAAGCAAGCUGGGCAUUGCCAAGCUAUUGGAUGCUGAGGAUGUGGACGUACCUAAACCGGAUGAGAAGAGCAUAAUGACAUAUGUGGCGCAGUUCCUGCACAAGUAUCCAGAACCAAAGGGUGCAACACGCGAUCAGUCGCAUGUGCAGCAAGAGCUGGACGAAUUGCGUCGUUUCUUGGUGGAGAAGACCACCGAAUACGAACCAAUGGUCAUGAUGAACUCGUUCCCACGUGACUUUGGGGAAUAUAUGCUUGCACGCUCUGAAGUAGAUGCACAUUUGCCUGCUUACAAUCGCUUGAAGCAAUUGAUGGAGAGUCAGAGCGGUUUUCUGCAGGUCUCACGCCAGUCGUGGGAUGAGAUCAACGAACUGUGGCAGCGCCUACAAUACCAGAUGAUGUACUGGCUUUGGUUAUUGGAUGCCGAACUGCCCGGUGAUUUCGGUACGGUUGGCAAAUGGCUGGCCGAAGCCGAAAAACUACUCAUGGACAAUGAAAUACCCAGUGCGAUGAACGAAGAAACUGCAGCAGUGAUUAGUAGAAAGCUGGAGGAGCAUAAGCUGUUCUUUGCCGACUUGCCACGCAUUAUGGCCAUGUUUGAUAAUGCCAAACGCUCGCCCUUGGCGCAGCAGGUUCCGUUGGAACAGUUGCGAAACAUGGAGCGUCGUCUUCAAGAUGUCGCACCCAAGGCUGCUGAGCGAAGAAUCCGAUUGAAAUUCCUUGAACAUAAAUGCUGUCUCAUUGCCUUCCUUAAUUUAGUGGAAAAUAAAAUGCGUGGCUGGACCGGGAAAUAUGGUCACGAGGAGAAGGUAGUGCAACAGUUAGAGCAAUACAAGAACUUUGUCUCACGCAACAAGAUUUUCCAAGAGUUCCAAAAAGCUUUUGUUGAUAUGCAGCAAGUGGUUGAUGAGUACAAGCGUGAGGGCAACGUGGCCCGCAAGGAUGUCACCGAUAUUGAUCGUUUCAUGUACGAGACGGAAGAGCGCUGGAAGCGUGUCUCCAUGGAACUAAAGUGUUGCCAGAACUCACUCGAAGAAGUGGUAACUUGUUGGCGCAACUGGAAUCAAUUGGCCCCAAGCUGUGAGGAAUGGUUGCUGUUGGCUGAGCAGAAGCUGAACCAAACCGAAGACGAGCGUCUUGAAUUUUUCCAAGACAUCAGCAUGUGGAAGGAUAAAUUCGAUGCCCUUGCCAACGCCGCUAAUUAUUUAAUUGCCUCAUGUGAGGAGCCUAUUGCGCAGAAUUUGCGUCAACGUCAUGGGGCGCUUGCCGAACGCUUCGAACGCCUGUUCGCUAAUACAAAGCAAUAUGUUCAUGCAGGUGAUAUUAUACGUUCACGACAGGAAUACAAAUCGGGCAUUGAACAGCUGUCGAAAUGGUUGCGCAACGCAGAAGCCGUUCUGGAUCAGCGUCAGGUGCUCGGCAACAGCGAACAAAUUCGUAAAUAUGGCGAGCAAUUACAAAAACUUGCCAGUGAAAUUGACGACAAUGAAGAGCUCUUCAAGACAAUCAGCCGCAAUUUCCAGGCACUGAUACAGGACCUCUCACGCGAUGAAGUGGACAAGAUGAUGAAAUUGCUGAAACAGGAAAAAGAGUCCCUAGUUCGCAUACGUGCGCAAAUACCCGCCAAACUGCAUUUGUUCCAUCAACUAGAAAUACAGCAAGAAUCGCUGGAGGCUGGCCAAAAAGAGAUACAUCAAUGGCUAAAUGAGGCAGAACAGGUGUUAAGCACGCAUUCGUUGACGGGUGGGCGUAAUGCCAUCAACGACGAACUGAAUAAGCAUAAGACCUUCUUCUCGCGCACUGUCUACUAUCGUUCGAUGUUGGAGAGCAAGAAUAAAGUUUUCCAGAAUCUCCUGAAGGCUGUGACAGCCGAUGAUAAAAUUGAUACAGCACCAGCCGCACGAGAAAUGCAACAGCUAAACGAACGUUUUAAUUAUGUCAUACAGAAUGCAGAACAAUGGGAGCAGCGUUUAAGUGAUGCUGGUCGCUCCUGGAACAAUUUCACGAAUAACGAACGUGUGGUAAGCGAAUGGCUAACUCAGGCGGAAUCCAUGCUAAUAGAGAAACACAUCGAGUCUAAGACAACAAUUGAAACCCAAAAGUACUUCUUUGAGAAUGUUAAUGAGCGCUGGAUGAACGAUCUGGUGCAGUCUGCACAGCAGGUGCUCACAACCUUGCCAUCAGCGGAACAACCGGCUGUAGUGCAGACCGUCGAACAACUACAAACGCGUUGGAAAAAUGUGCUCUCACAAGCACCUCUUCAUUUACUGAAGCUGGAGUUCCGCCUGGACGAGAAUGCCUUCUACCAAUCUCUUAAGGAUGUGGAAAAGGAGUUACAACUUGAGAAACAGGCACUCAAUCGCAAUGAGGAUGUAGACUCAAUACUAAGGCGAAAUGAGCAGUUCCUACUGCAGCAAGGUGCUGUACCACGCAUUGAGAAGUGUCUUCAAAACAUGCAGCGUCUUAGCCAAGCGCAAAGACAACAACAACCUGGUGACAUGAGUCUAGAACAGGCGUAUGACAACGCAAAGGCACAAUGGCAAUUGUUUUCGAACAAAUUGGGCGAGAUGCGUCAAACUUUGCAACAAAUACCCGCUCAAUGGGAUGGCUAUCAUCAGAAAUUCAACGAGAUGAUCGAUUGGAUGAACAGUGUGGACAUGAGCUUGAAGAGCAUCGUCAACGAGGUGAACACCAUGGAAGAGUUUGAAAAGGAGAAGGUUGUUUUCCAGAAAAUCUGUCAAGAUGCAGAUAACAAACGUGAGGACAUGAAGUGGUUGGUCAAAACAUUGGAUUCCUUGCUUAGCUACGCUACUGAAGAUGAGGCCAACAUUGAGCAAAAGAAGCUGGAGGAUCUGAUAGCACGCUAUAAAAAUCUUAUACCCACGAUUGAGAUAACAAUGGUAAAGACUGAGGUCUUCUCUAAGUGCUACACCUAUCGUCGCGAGGUUCAUGAGGUUGUGUGCCUGCUAAGCAAGGUUAAGGACCAAACUGCCAAUAUACCUGCUCCAGAUAGCUUGGAUCGUGUAAAUCGCAUGAUCGAGGAACAGCAGUAUGCCAUCAAUCAGCUCGACCAUCAGCGGCCACACAUAAUGUCAAUGUUGCAACGUGGACGCGAUCUCAGCAAGGAUGUACAUGCACCUGCCUUUGUCAAUACCGAGGUUAAGAAUCUCGAAACUGGAUGGAAUGAGGCCUACACUGAAACCGCUGAUAAGCUGCAAGCACUCAAGGGCACCCAAGCCGUAUGGAGUGAUUUCGUCGAUCAGAAGAACGAUAUAUUCUCCAUGCUACAGACAGCUGAAACCGAGUUGCGCGCACUAACACCACUCCAAACUGAUCCCAAAAACGUCAGUCAGGAUCUUAAGUCGAAACGCGAUUUAAAUGUGCAAUUGCAGCAGGCAUCCCAUCAGCUUCUACCGAAACUGCACGCACUUAAGACAGAGCUUGCGCCUCUGGCCGCAGCCGAUAAGCGACCCAUACUCGAGAAAGAGGUAACUGAAGUUGAGAAGAUGUUCUUUAAUACUAUGGAACAUGUGAAAGACCGUGUGGGAUACCUAGAAGACUAUAGUGCCAAAUGGAAUAACUACAAAACACGUUUGGCUGAACUACAGGAGUGGGCUAACAAGGUGGCACCUAAAAAUAUCGAAGCUUUGCAGUCUGAAGAUCUAACCCCUGAAGAACGCGUUGUCAAGGUGCAGUCCUUUAAGCGUGUACUAGCUGAUCGCAUGAAACAACUUGAUCUACUGGCCGCUGAUGCAUCCGAACUGGCACCUAAAGAGGGCAACAUUGCCGAGGCGAAGCGAUUGAAGGGUGAAAUCACGAAGCUACAGGAAGUGCUUAGCGCCAUCAAUCGCAAUGUCGACCAUCAAUCACAGGCCGUGCAAGAAGAUUUGGUUAACUGGCAGCAUUUCCAGGCCGGUUUACAGCAGAUAAAGCCCGCUGUGGAGCAGAGCGAAAUCAAGGUAAAUAAUAUUGUCCCUAAACCCAUUACCCUUGAAGAAGCUGUUGCCAUGCAACAAAAUGCCAAACAAUUUGAAACACAAUGCCUGGACCAAUUGGACAAACUCCAAGGCAUCUCAAACAUUAGUCAUAAAAUGUUGUGCAAAACCAAUGCCCCCGAUGAAUUAGAUGCCAUGCACUCCCGCUGGACUGCAGUUCAUGAAAAUGCAAAGCAGGCGAGCGCGAAGCUCGAGAAACUGGUCGCGAAUUGGAAAUCAUUUGAUGAAGAUGCAGCGAAGCUUGAGAGCUGGAUUAAUCAGGGCGAGCAGCUAUUGGGUAAAAGGUCGGCGGUGUUGAAUACCCCACACAUUGAUAAACUGGAGAAGGAGCUGGUCAGGCUUAAGUCCUUCAACAAUGAGAUUUCCCAGCAACAAGCCAAACUGGUGACUCUUGGACAGAAUGCAGAUCAAAUCAGCUUACAUUUGGCACCAGAAGGUGCUAUAGACAUCAAAGAUCGUGUUAAUUCCAUGAAAGGCAAAUUACAUAAAUUAUCUGAGAGUAACCGUGCUAACAUAAACGAAGUGUCAGAUGCUAUAAUUUCUCGUCAAGACUUUACCGCCAAGAUGGUUAACUUUUCCAAUUGGAUGGAGCAGUUGCGCAAUCAAGUUUCUCAAGUUGAAGAAAUAAAUCCCGAACGGGUAGAAACAAGCCUGCAUGUCGUCCACGCAUUACUGCAGGAACAUGCCGAUAAGAAGCCCAGUUUUAAUGCCAUCUACGAUGAGGUUAAACAACUGACUCUUGGCGCAACACCAGAGGAAUCUAAUGCACUCAAUGACGCAUACACUGCGUUAGUAGUCAAUUAUCAGAAUCUCGAAACGAACAUGCUGCAGAAGAAGGCGGCACUGGAAAAGUGGACAGAACUUUUGGGUUGGAAACAUGAUACCGAAUCACACAUGAAUUAUUUGAAGCAUCAGCUGGACAAACCAGAGGGUCCCUCAGCCGACGAGCUAAAGAAGACCAUUGACGAGAUUGGUCAUCUGGGCCAAGGCCUCAACUACUGGAAGGGUCAAGCCAAGGAAAUCGAUGAGCAUCCAGCCAUACAAUUGCGGGAUGGACUCUCGCGCCGCCCACUGAUUGCCACUCAAAUCGUAAAUGAUGUAGAGAACAAGCUGGAGAAUCUCAAACUGCGCUCACAGAAUCAGAAGCAGCAGAUUGAACAAAUGAGUGUGCGAAAAGAUAAGUUCCAUGCUCUGGAGAAUAACUUUGGCAAAGCAUUGCAGGACAAUCGUGCUAAGCUUGAUCAAAUCUUGAAACAACGUCCCACCCUGAACAAUAUAGAUCAGAUUAUUGCCGAUCUGGUGACCUUAAACGAAGCGCUCAAGCACCAGUCGGAACUGAAAGAUCGCAUUCAUGACGAAGGUUCAAUGUUGAUGCGGGAAGACAUUGGAAGUAUGCCCGCCAUACAAGAGAGUCUUCUGGUAUUGGAUAAAAAUUACGAUUCGCUGCAGAAUGAAAUUGCCGAUCGCAUUCAAAAAUAUAAUCUCAUCAGUCAGGCCUUACGCGAAUAUGCUGACUCAAAGGACAAAUUUUCGAAGGAGCUUAGAAAAGCAGAGGAUUUGUUCAAUUCGAUUGCACAACAGCCCCAUGAUGAGCACGAACUUCAACAGGCUUCAGAAAAAACACGCAAGACAAUGGAGCAACUACGCAAAUCGAAAGUAAAUCUCGAUGAGCUAGAGCGUCGGGGCAACAAUGUAGGCAAACUUUUUGCCGCCAUUGGGGAAUCAGUGCCACAAGAGGUGCCACAGGAAGUUUCCGCUGCCAAGCAACAGUGGCAGGAGCUGCACGACAAGAGUGCCAGGAAUGCGCAUGUCUAUGAAACUGAAGCGGUGAUUUGGUCGCACAUUGAAGACGCCAAGAAAGAUUUACUGCCCUGGCUGUCUGAGACAAAUCAAGGACUUUGCGAUGCAGCCGAUAAUACCAUCGAGAUCGAAUUCGGUCCAAUGAGGUUGAGCAAGUAUCGUACCGAGCUGCCAUCGUAUCAAUCCUUAAAAGACACAAUUGCCGAAAAAACAAGAGAUUUGGUCAAAAUGAAUAAUGGCGCAGAAAUACCUGCGUUAACAGCACUCAAUCAGUUAUUGAAUGAACAAUUUGCCGAAGUCACUAACAAUGCUGAUCGUCUAAACGCCAUUACGACAUCAUUCAAUGACCAAGAACAGGAAUUGCGUAAACGUACCAAAGCCGCUGGGGAAAAUGUAAACAAAGUCCGGGAACAGCUAAUAAAGUGCGAUGACAUGUCCGGUGACAAUAACAAAAUCAUGGAACGUUUGCUUCAAAGUCGGGCACUGCGUGCCGAGCUUGGAAAUUGUGGCAACGAAAUCGAAAAUAUAAAGCAGAAAGUCGAUGAGCUACGCAGCUUGUAUCCUACAUUCAAUGAGUCCAUUAUGCCCAAGGAACUUAACAAUGUGCAGAAACGCUACGAAGGUGUUGAUCUCUAUGGCCAGAAAAUCGAAAGUUCAUUGCUAAAGUUCCUCAAAAAAUUCCAUGCCGACAAAGUUGGCAUGCUGAAGCGCAUCAUCGCAACGCAACGUGAGAAGGUUGCCUGGUGUCAACCGGAGUCUUCAAGCGACAAAUAUAACUUGGAUGUGAAGAAAUCAUCUUUGCAAGAGGUUGGCAAGAGCAUUGACGAUUGCAAGGCACGCCAUGCAGAAACACUGAAAUCUCUGGAAAUGCUUAAAGCCGUGGAAGCGCCACAAAAUUUGGCGGAACUUAAUCGAGAUGCUGAGCUGCUCACAAAAGAAAUGCAGGCGCUGCAAGAUAGCUUCGAUAACAUCAAAAACAUUCUGGAUGAGAAUGUCGAUUUAUGGUCGCAGUACGAGCAAUCCAAUGAACAAAUUUCGAAUUGGUUGCGUGAUGUAGAGGGACGCGUAAAGGCCGAGACAAGCAGCCAGGUUAAUAUGCCAGAAGUAUCGCAGAAACUACAACAGCUCGCCAUACUUCAACAGGAUGUGUUGGCACAUGAGCCAAUUAUCAAGAACUUGGAGCAAACAUCUCAGCAAUUAAUUGAGAAGAAUCCAGAGGCGCGAAUUGGCCAGUUUGUGACACAUCUCGUGCAACGCUACCAAACUGUUGCCAAGAGUCUUGCCAAUUACAUCGACAAAAUACGCAGCGCGCAAUUGUCCAAUACGAAUUUCGCCAAAGCAUCUAAGGACUUUAACGAAUGGUUCGGCGAUGCCAAAAUUGAGUUUCAAGAGCUGGCGCGUAUGGGUUCUCCUGGUUCGUCAUCGGCAACCGCUCAACAACUCCAAACGAUUAAGAAUUAUUUGAAGACCUUUGACAAUGGCCAGCAGCUGCUUAACAAUGCUGUUGAUAUUGGUGAGGCUUUGUAUCCGGUCGUUUCGCCAGAGAAUCGUGAGCGUAUCCGGGCCGACUUACGCCAAAUGCGCGAAAAGUAUGAUUAUCUACGUGACGAGGCUAAUGCACUUAUGCAGCAGGUCGAGGGCGUCCUUAUACAAAAGACAUCUAUUGAGGAGAGCUACACGCAAGUGUCCCACUACUUGAAUGAAUCUAGGGCAAAGGUAAGCAGCGGCGACGAACUGUAUCCCACUCUGGCUGCCAAAAAGGCGGCACUCCAAAAUUACAAGACACAACUCCAAGAAAUUACAUUGCAUAAAAAUGCACUGAAACAAUUGCAUGACAAGGCCGUUACUCUUUGUGAUGACGAGUCUGAGCGCAAAACAGACGAGUCAAUUCAAGAGUACAACCAGCUAUCGCAGAGAAUCUCUGACCGUAUUAACACCGUUGGAAAUCAUGUGGUCAAGCACGAGGCAUACGAUCAGGUGUUGGAAAAGGCACAGGACUGGCUCAACACGAUCAAAUCGGAGGCCAUAGAUAUACUGAAUGAGACUACAUUCGAGAAGGAAGGGGCUGAAGAAAAAUUGAUUGUGGUUGAGAAUUUGUUGCAGCACAAGCCAGAGGGAGAUUCCAUCUUUGACACCUGUCACAAACUCUUGGAAACAGUACUCACACAAACACAUCCAAACGGACAUCCCGCCUUACUGAAAGGUUUUGAGGAGCCCAAGCGUGCGUGGGAUGAAUUUAUGAUAUUGUGUCAGGAUUCGCUGGUUAAGCUUAAACAGCUUUGCUCCAAGUGGGAUGAGUUUGAUUCUGUUAUUGAAGAACUAGACAACUGGAUGAGAAAUGUUGAAUCUGUUGUCAAGAACCAGAACUUGAAGAGUACUGCUGACGCAAAGAACGGACAUUUGAAACAACUCAAAGACAUAGCCAAGGAAAUUGAGCAUCGUGGUGCUGCCAUUAACGAUCUAAUGGAUCAGGGUCGUGAAAUUGAGGGCGAAACGGAUCUUAACUUAAAGUUAUCUCGCCUGAAUACACGCUAUCAAACAUUAAAGAAUCUAUGCAAAGAGUCUAUAGCAAAAUAUGAGAACUAUGUCAAGGACCACGAAAGCUUUGAUAAGGACUAUGAAGCGUUCAAGCAGAAUCUUGAAACAUCUGUCAAGACACUGGCCAAAGCAAAUGAAAUCGUCGGCGAUCAAAGUGUGCUGCAAGAACAACAAAACAAAUUGCGUGAGAUGUCCGACAAACGCAUCACAGAUUCAACUGUCUUUGAGGGCCUUAUUGAUCGUGGUGAGAAGCUCUAUGGCCACACCAGCCCAGAUGGCAGAGAGAUCAUUCGCCAACAGUUACGCGCCUUACGCACCAUGUGGGACAACUACACGGAUGACUUAAAUUCUGCCACGCAAAAGAUCGAUCAGUGUCUAUUGCAGUUUAAUGAGUUCAGCAUAGCGCAGGAUCAACUGACGAAAUGGUUAAAGGAUGUUGACAAGGCGAUGCAGAGCCACACCGAGCUAAAGACCACAUUGCAAGAGAAGCGUGCACAAUUGCAGAACCAUAAGCUGUUGCAUCAGGAGAUUACCACACAUAAUGUGAUGGUAGACAAUGUGUGCGACAAGGCCCAAGUACUUGUAGAUCAACUCAAAGACAACUCACUGAACGUUUACCUUCAAUCAAUAAAGCAACUCUUCCAGAACAUUGUGCAGAAAUCCAACGAAAUUUUGAACAAUUUGGAGGACUGUGUACAGAAGCACAAUGAUUUGAAUAAUGCGCUCAGUGGAGCAAAAAGCUGGAUUGGAAAUGAAAAGUCAAAAUUGCUCGAGUGCGAUGAUGCUUACGGCGAGAAGGCUGACAUAAAACGCAAGAUUGAAACACUGGUUCAACUGGCACAAAAUAAACCUCAGGCUCUUAAACUAAUCACUGAAAUACGUGAACAAUUCGACAAAGUAAAGCCAACCACUUCUGAGAAAGGCAAUGAAGUAUUGUCGAAAGAAAUUGAUGAACUUGAAAUAACAAUGAAGAGUCACUUUGACGAUAUCGAGGGCAUUGAAGGAAAGCAGAAUGAUGUGUUGGCCCAAUGGGAUAAAUUCGAAAAGACGUUAGAAGAUCUCACUCAGUGGUGUCGCAACGCCGAGGCAGUUUUCCGUGAACAACAACUAAAGUCCACAUUGCACGAAAAGGUCGAACAGCUGGAAAAGUAUAAAAUACAGCGUGAGCUCAUUUUGCAAAAAGAGAAAGAAGUUGACGCUUUUGGGGAUGCAGUGCACGCUUUGCUCAACAACUGUGGUGCAGAUCGUUUGAAAACGUUGGCAACUCAAAUAACAAACCGUUAUCAAUUGCUGCAGGUAUUGAGCAAAGAGGUGGUCAACCGCUGGUCCAAUCUGGUGGAUGACCAUCAGUUUUAUCAGGACAAAUACAAUGAAGUGGAUCUAUGGCUGCAGCCAAUCGAAACGCAGUUGGACAAGGCGCUCAAAGAUGAACUCACACAGAAUGCGAAUAUUUUACAGAUAUUGUUGUCUGAGAAGGAGCAAGCUGAUAGCUUGUUUACUGCCCUCAAUGCAGCUGGUGAGAAAGCGCUGCCUGAGACAUCCACACAGGGUCGUGAGAAAAUACGUAAGGAUUUGCGUGACAUCCGCGACCGUUGGGAUAAACUAGAUGAGGGUAUUCGUAAUUUGCAAAAACGGCAAGAGGCACAAACUGUUCAAUUAUCCAGCUAUCAGGAUAUUUUAAAUCAAACAGUAAGCUGGUUAGACCAAGUAGAAAAGUUGCUGCACAAUGAAAACCCGUCCACCUGGACAAGCGCACAGGAAAUACGCUCAAAGCUAUACAAAUACAAGAGCACCACCCAAGACAUAAACUCGCACAAACGUAUUAUCGAAGCCGUCAAUGAAAAGUCCACGGCUCUACUCAACAGUGCGCCACAGACCAAUGCUGAUGAAAUAAAGAAGGCUGUUGCCGACGUAAACAAACGUUACGACCAAGUCAGCACUGACUGUGCUAAACUGGUUGCAGAUUUGGAUGCCGCCUUCGAUGUUUACCAACAGUUUAGUGAACUUCAAAAGGCACAACAGGACUAUCAGAAGAAUCUGUGGGAUCGUCUUGCAGGCUACUCCGAUUAUUCUGGCAACAAGGCUGCACUGCAAGCACGUCUGCAAAAAAUUACUGAAAUUCAAGAUGCCCUGCCUGAAGGUGUAGCCAAAUUAAAGGCUCUGGAACAACAAAUUGAACAGGAUGCCACUAAUAUACCUGCCCGCUCAAAAGAGGCAAUGGCACGGGAUUUGGCAAACCUUCACGCCGAUUUCGAGAAGUUCGGUAAUUCGUUGAGUGACGUCAAGAGCGGAUUGGAAAGCCGUUUGCAGCAAUGGAAUGAUUACGAAAUCAAUUUGGAUCGUUUGAUUAACUGGUUGUGUGAAGCGGAAAAUGCGUUGAAAAACUACAAUCCAAAGGCAUCGUUAGAGGAGAAGGAGGAACAACUAAAUCGCUUCCAGAACUUGACACAAACUCUUCGUCAAAACGAAGCUGACUUCGAAAAGAUGAAAGAUGACACCUCCGAGCUCGUGCAAAGCUCUGGCGAAACAAGAAUCGCCGUCAAUGUUCAACAAGUUUCGUCCCGCUUCCAAUCGAUACAAGCAACGGCCAAGGAAAUUCUAAAGAAAUGCGAGCAAUCCGUGCAGGAUCACACUCACUUCAAUGAAAAAUAUAACCAAUGCGCCGAUUGGUUAGCUAGCGCGCAGGCCAGGUUUGAUGAUUGCAGCGACAUGGCUCAAGUUGGAUCGCGUGAUGAUUUGCUGAAGAAACAGGUUGUCAUACAGGAAUUGCUGGCACAGCAGCCUAGCGCUACUCUCCUUCUUAACGGUACCGUUGAGUUCGGCGAGAAAUGCUACGCAUCUACGGCUACUGAAGGACGUGAAGCCAUACGCAGUCAGCUCGAUGAGUUACAACAGACUUUUGAUCAGCUUUUUGAUAAUAUCACGAGCACUGCUCGCAAACUACAGGACAAGAUGUCCAAGUGGUCAGGUUUCGACGAAAUUGCUGACAAACUUGAGGGCUGGUUGAAUGAAAUCGAACGCACACUUCCCUCUGAAAUAGAGCUAAAAACAACAUUGGAUGAGAAGCGCAACAAACUGCAGUCAUACCGAGAUGCCCUUAAUGACAUCAACAACCACCAGGUAGAGCUUGGCAAUUUACAGGAAAUUGCGGCAAAUCUGCCCGAAAAGACCGAACAUGUGGAUCAGAUUCUAAAGGAUAUUGUCGAUAGGUUUGGUAAAGCGCAGAAGCGUGCUCAGAACUACGUCCAGCGCUACGAGAGUAUUGUGAGCGAUCAUCAGCAAUACUCAAAAGCCGUCAUGGAUGCUCAGGAGUUCAUUGAUGCCACACUUAACACUGUCCAUUACUGGGGUGACUUAGAUCUGGAGCAAAUUUCAUUGCAUACCAAUCUUGAUCGAUUGAAGAACUUGAAGGCAAGCCUUGCUGAUGAAUUUCCGCGUGUCGAUCAAGUUCGUGCCCUGGGUGAGAAAGUUAUACCAGGAACCGUGGAUGUUGGACAGAUAAAUAUCAAAUCCCAAAUCGAUACUACGCAACAAGAGUGGGAAGGCCUUUUAGCUGCAAUUACCUCCACAAUUGAGGCAAUAGAGCUGCGUUUGCAACAAUGGGCUGAAUAUGAGCAAUUGCGCGAUCAAUGUCUAUCUUGGAUUCGCGACACCGAUAACAAUCUACAUGCCAUCGAUCUGAAAGAAGAUCUACCCAAGAAACGUGCUCAGCUGGAUGCACUUAAAGCAUUGCAGGGAGAUGUGCGUGCGAAGGAACUAGAAGUAGACAGCGUCACUGAGAAAGCGCAAACACUGCUGAAAGGUCCAUCAAGUACCCGUGCUUCCGGUCCCGAACUAGUGACUAAAUACCAACAAAUUUUCCACAAAGUGAAGGACUUGAAUAGUCGUUGGCAGCAGUAUGUGGUCUCACAUGACGAAUUCGAUACUGCUCUCUUUGAUUGCAAGUCCUGGAUAAAUGGCAUCAAAGAAAAACUUGAUUAUUGUUCUGAUACUUCAUCAAUGAGUCAAAAGGAGCUUGACAAAAAAUUAUCCACAAUACAAGACGUAAUUCUCCUUAAAGAUGAGGGCUCGGCACGUGUUCUUAAAAUACUAGAGCAAGCACAACAUGUUUUGGCCAAUACAGCACCCGCCGGACAUGAAGCCAUUAACAAGGAAAUAACUGAUUUACAAGAUCUUUGGUCGGGUAUUGCAUUGCGCAUAAUGGAUGUUAAAUCAAACCUUGACGAUUCUAUUACACAAUGGUCUGGAUUUUUGGAUCAUGUGCAAAACGUGCGCAAAUUUAACGAAUGGCUAGACGGAUUGCUUAAAGAAUUGGCGGAACACCAAACCACAAUGACAGAGAAACGGGCACAACUAGAUCGUGUCAAAACGACCGAAGAGAAGGUACGAGUUGAGAAAAUUGAUGUCGACGCGCUGAAGAUUCAAGCAAAGGAAAUGAUUGCCAGCGGACAACAAAGCCAGGCUGCUUUCCAGGCUCAAAAGGUGCUGGAUACUUUCGAUCAAUUGUUUGCCAAAACACAGAAACUGCUUUCCGAUCGCCAGGAUCAGUAUAGAGAUCAUCGUUUGUUCAAGGAAGCAUACGAUGAUCUCGUUAGCUGGAUUAGUCGCGCACGUGAAAAGUUCCCAGCGCUGAAGCAAAGCAGUCUUAGCGACAAGCUGGCCAUUGAGAAUGCCGUGCAGGCAACUGAAGCUCUACUGAACAAACAAGCCCAGGGUGAGCUUUUGGUCGAGCACUUGGUGCACACUGGUGAAGUGGUUUUAGCAAGUACGUCGACGCAGGGCCAAGAAAUCAUACGCAAUGAUAUACGCGCACUACGUGAUAGCUUCGAAAGUUUGUUCCGUGAGAUCAGUCAGCAGAAAGAAAACUUGGAAGUUACCAUGGUGCAAUGGCGCGCAUAUAAAGAGGAGUAUGAGCGACUCAUGGAGUGGUUGCAGCAAAUCGAUAUACUUGUUAAGAAUCACAAACUGAAUCUGUGCCCCAAUUUGCCGGAGAAAGAAAAGCAGGUUGCCGAUAUGCGUGAAGUAAUGUCGCGCUUGGAGAAAGGAAAACAAGACAUUGAAAAAUUCAAUGCUUCCGCAGCUGGCUUAUUAAAAUCGCAUCUAGAUACAUAUGUGAACAAUCAGCUACGACACCUUAGCUCAAUGUACCAGGUGCAAGUGAAUUUAGGCAAGGAUGUGCUUAAAAAGGUCGAAACAAAUCGCGAUCAGCAUCGUGAAUACGACGCCAAUAUGAAAUCGGCCAAGGACUGGAUUGCUAAUGCAAAGGCAACCAUACAAUCAGCAGGUGAAGGUGCAGGUUCAAAAGAAGCCUUGCAGCGUCGCUUGGAGCAGAUCCAAGAUUUGAUUCGCAACCGGGAGGUAGGCCAGAACUUGGUACACACUGCAAUCAAUAAUGGCGAAAAAAUCAUUCGUAAUACACGUUCCGAUGGGCGCGAUUCAAUUAACAGUGAAAUGAAAGAACUCCAGACUGAGUGGGACAGGCUUGUGAAGAAAAUGUCGACGGCCAAGGUGCAACUGGAAACAAAUUUGUUGCAAUGGGCUGACUAUAGUUCUAGCUACUCACAGCUACAGCAAUGGAUCACAGAUAGAGAGGCCAAGUUACAACAAGCGUGCGAGCAAAAGGUUGUCAAAUCGAAACGUGGUCAACCCGGACUUAGCAGUGGUUUAAGCGAACGUAAGGCUAAUCUGCGUCAGACCAACAACAUAGUGCAGGAUAUUGUUUCUUUUGAGCCAAUGAUUCAGUCGGUGACUUCCAAGGCUUCGGACUUACAACAAGGUGCCCCUGCUACAGAAAUAUCAGACAAAUACGAGAAUCUUACGAAGCAAGCGAAGGAUCUAUAUGAAAAACAAAAGAAUACUAUCGAUAACUACCAAGCUCUGAUUGAUGCCGGCAAUGAAUUCGCUACUUGGCUUCGUAAUGCCAAAGAGCGCUUAAGCAAGUGCUCAGAACCCACAGGUGAUAAGCAAGCUUUGGCCGAGAAAACUCAUCAGCUAAAGAUUUUGCAAGGCGAAGUUUCGGAGGGUUCUGAAAAGUUGAAAAAUGCCUUGGAGCAGGGUGAGAUUGCUUGCCGCAAUGCAGAGCCAGAAGACCGUGAGAUCAUCGAAGAAGAAGUGGCACUAUUGCAGGAAGAAUUUGAUGCCUAUGUAGAAGCGCUUAACAAGGCUAAGGACUACUUGGAGGUAGGCAUUGUCAAGUGGGCUGACUACCAGGAUCAAUACACUGAGGCGCUUGAAUGGUUAACCAAGACCGAGGCUCUUGUUCAAUCUUACAAUAAAUUGCAAGACAGUUUACUACAAAAGAAGGUGGUCUUGGAAGAAUUCCAAGGUCAUCUGCAGACACUUUUUGACUGGCAGAAAACCUUGGAUCAUUUGAACAUGAAGGCGCAGGUUCUAUUAGAGACCUGUUCCGAUACCCGCAUCAGCAACGCCAUUAUGCAAUUGACAACCAAAUAUAAUGCACUCCUUACCUUGGCGAAGGAGGUUAUGCGUCGCCUGGAAAUGCACUAUCAGGAGCAUCAGCAACAUCACACGCUCUACGAAGAGUGCCAGUCGUGGAUUGAGAACACGCGCGAGAAAUUAACCGACUGUGAGGUGAUACCAGGUACCCUCAAUGAGGUGCAAAUCAAAUUGAACACAGUUAAGAACUUACGCCAGGGCUUUGAAACGGGUCAGAACAAGCUUCGCUAUUUGCUUGAGCUUAAGGAAAAGGUGAUCAUGAAUACCGAACAAAAUGGCGCUGCCAAAAUACAGGAGGACACUGAAGCUCUUAAACAAGACUUCGAAAAGCUAUUGGUAGACCUUAAUGAUGUGCGCCAGAAGCUGGCCAACCGUUUGGCUCAACUGGAGGAAAUAUUCAAACAGUACAAGAUAUUGCUGGAGUGGUUGGAAGACGUGGAGCCCAGUGUUAAGGCCAACGCCGAUUAUUUGAAUGACUUAAGUGAGAAACGUGCUGCGCUGGAAAAGUUCCGCGUUAUACAACGUGAUAUCAAUAGCCACAACGAUAUUGUAGAGAAAAUCAACAAACGAUUGCAAGAAGACAACAGUCUAGACAAGAAUGAUUUCCAGACGGGCUUGAACAAGUUCGAAGAACUUCAGGCGCAAGUAAAUAAAAUUAUUGAGUCUCUGGAGAACCAGGUUAAUAGUCAUGAGAAAUAUAAGCAAGCUUAUAAUGAGCUACAGGACUGGCUGCGUCGCACACGCAUUGAAGUCGAGCAAUGCUCCGAUUGUCACGGCGAAAAAGAUCAAGUGGAGGAUCGCCUUAACCGGCUAGGUGACAUACAGGCUACCUCAAUAGAGGGAAAGUCGUUGCUCGAUGCCUGCGAAGAGCUUAGUCGAGCUGUCAUUGCCAGCAGUGGCAGUGAGGGUCAGGAUAAUGUGGCGCAAGAGAUCAAACAUUUAACCAGCGAAUGGGAGACACUACAAGCCAUGUCACGUGAUGCUCGCAGCAACCUGGAAUCAUGUCUGGCCGCUUGGCAAACGUUCCUUAAAAAAUUCAAUAAGAUCAAUUUGUGGAUUAAUACAAUUAGCAAACGCGUGGCCAAAUCUCAAGAAGCCGAGAACAAAACUACCGAAGAUUUGGUCAAUGCCAAGAAACUCCUGGAAGAGGUGUUGGCUGAAAAGGACAAUGUGGAGGACCUCAAUGAUAACUGCGAACUGCUCAUGGAGAAGAGUGCCUGUUCACGUAUACGCGACCAAACAAUCGAGACACAGGCUAGCUAUACAAAAUUAUUGACCGCCGCUCAGGGACUUGUCUCUAAAAUUGAAAAGAAUCUUUCCGAUCACACCGAAUUCCUUAAUUACAAGAAGGAAAUGGACGAUUGGAUAGAGAAAGCCCGUCAAGUUCUAGACGAGUGCAGCACGGAUGGAGAUGCGGCUACCAUAGCACAGAAAUUGGAUACCGUUAAUUCCCUUGCCUCUCGUUUGCCUGAGGGUCAGCACUUGCUCGGUAUGGUGCAGGACGCGUACUCGAAGGCCUCAAAUAUUACCCCCGAAGAUAAACAGGAGAAGCUCCGUGAGAUCAUGACCAAAGUGCGCGAGGAUUGGGAUGCCUUGGGUCUGGCUGUGAAACAAAAACUCAGCGACUUAAAGCAAGCUCAGAAUCGCUGGUCCGACUUCGCCAUAAACAAAGAUAAAUUGGAGAAAUGGCUUGACGAGACAGAGAAAACCUUGCGCUCGCCGCCAGAGACUAAGGGCGAACUAAGCGAGAUGAAAACAUUGCUGGAGCGCUACAAGACGCUGGCCAAUGAAUUCAAGCAAAAGAGCAAUGAUUUGGAGCAACUCCAGUCGGAGGCUCGCGAUUUGGGCACCGAAGUUGAUGCUGUCCAUCGUUUGCAAUCGCGAUGCGACAAGCUGAAGAACGACUGUGCUUCGCACAUUAAGGCACUCGAACAGGAAAUUGUUGACUACAACGCAUAUCAUCAAAGUUUGCAGGAUGUGGAGAAAUGGUUGCUUCAAAUCUCCUUCCAACUCAUGGCGCACAAUUCGCUCUUCAUUUCAAACAGAGAGCAGACGCAGGAACAAAUUAAACAGCACGAGGCGCUUUUGGGUGAAAUACAAAAAUACCAGACCAAUUUGGACGAUUUAAAUGCCAAGGGUCAGGGCCAAAUCAAACGUUAUGAAUCCACAACCCCGUCAAUACGCCCAACAGUGGAGUCGCAGCUCAAGAACAUACAGGACAGCUACAAUUCUUUGUUGCAGACUUCGGUGCAAAUUAAGAAUCGCCUGUUGGAGUCCCUGGCCAAGUUCCAGGAGUACGAGGAUACACUCGACAGCAUUAUGCGCAACCUUGAAUCCUAUGAGCCAAUUAUUCAGAACGAGCUUGAUGCACCUGCCACCAGCUUGGAGAUAGCACAAAAUCAGCUUAAGUGUGCGCAGAAUAUGCAAAAUAAAUUGAACAAUGAGAAGUCCAGACUGGCUGCUGCUGUGCAGGCCUGCGAAGCUGCCACUGCCUCGAUUAGUCGGCCCAGUUCUCCACUUGAAACUGCAAUGCAGGCCAUACCCGAACGGGAACUGAUUGUGCGCGCUAAGCUGGAAGAUCUGCUGGAUCAGGUGCAAUCCCACUUGGGUGGUUUGACUGCAUCCGUUAGCGAACUAGAGCAACAGCAGAAACAGCGCGGUGAACUGCAGGACUGGGUUAAGAAACAACAGAGCUCCGUGGCCGAUUGGCUCAUGCGUCCCAGCAAGCUGCGACCUGAGGCAGCACGGCAGGAGCUCGUCGCGAUGAACGAUUUGUUGAACACCAUCGGGGACAAGCGGUCGCAGCUGAUGCUCGAAAUGACUGGAUCAUUGGGCGAUGAGGAUACCAAUUUGGAUGAUAAUAUUGACAAGCUGGAAUCUGAUCUUAUGGAUGCCAUAGCCAAGAAGCAGGCCGGCCAAGGAAUCAUUGAUGGCUACCGUCAGGGCAUGCAGGAUGUGCAAAAUUGGUUCGAUACCUUAAUUAAACGUAUGGACGUCCUGGAUCGAGGCUCUGGUUUAAAUUGUGCCCAAAAAAUGGCGGCCAUUAAUGAAAUUAAGAACGAAUACGAGCUGCAGGGCCACCCCAAAGUACAAGAACUCAAGAGUAAGGCUGCACAGGUGGCCGAAGUCAUUAGCAAUUUGGAUGGCCAACAGGUGGAAGAGCAAUUGAAGUCGUUGGAUCGGCGCUUUGCCGAUUUAGGCAAACGUAUUGAUCGCAAGGCGCAGUUACUGGAUGUGACCAAUAAGGGUGUGGAUGGCGCCAAGGGUGAAAUCGAGCAAUUGCAGAAUUGGGUUAAGCAACAAAUAGAGGAAUUGCAGGCACCCGCCGCCCUGGGCUUUGCACCCAAAGAUGCCGAGGCCCGCCAACAAAAGAUUAAGAGCUUGAUGAAGGAUGCUGAGGCUAAGCAGUCGUUGGCGGAUGUGUUGGAAAAGCGCAUCGCGAACAUGCAGCCAGAGCUGGAACCAGCUGAAUACGCACAACUGGAAACUUCUUUGCGCAAUUUGAACAGCGAGAAUCGCAAUUUGUCCGGUGUACUGAAGGCUGAGCUGGACCGUGCUCUGGAUGCCACCAAAGCGCGUAAAGCUCUUGAGAAUGAUUUGGAGAAGGCACGCAAUUGGCUAAAGACAAAAAUAUCAGAGGUGCGCAAACUGCCUGUAUAUCAUCCAUUGACCUCCACAGAAAUUGAGAAAAAGAUUGUGGAGAACAGAAAGUACGACGAUGAUGCUAAACAGUUCAACGACAGUGUACUGGGCGAUGUCCAGCGACAGGCAGCAAACAUCAUGAAAGAUUGUGGUGAUGAGGAUAAGACAUCGCUCCAAAAGAUUCUCGACGAACUGGCAGCCGACUAUCAAACACUCAAAGAUGAGACCGGCAAACGAGGAAAAUCCUUGGAUGACCUACUGCAGGGACGCAAGGCUUUCGAAGACUCCAUGAAGAAAAUGGGUGACUGGCUAAAUGAAAUGGAAACAGCCACCGAGGGAGAGCUGCGAACUACCAGCUUACCAGUGUUGGAAGAGCAAUUGGCCCACUACAAGAAACUGCUGAAGAAUGCGGAUGACAUGGGCGGUCUGAUCAACGACGUCUCCGAGCAGGGCAAGAGCAUAUUGCCCACAUUGAGUAAUGCCGACAAACUGAAACUGAACGAUGAUAUCAAGAACAUGAAGGAUCGCUAUGGCCGAAUCACUCACACUAUAAACGAUCGUGUCAACGUUUUGGGCGACCACAUUAAGAAGUAUAAGGAUGCCAAGAGCAAACUGGCGGACUGUAGUCAAUUUUUGAGCGGCAUUCAGCAACGUCUGCGUGAUUUGAACAAACCCAUUGGUUCCCGAAUUGAAGACGUCCAAGAUCUGCUCGGCUCAUACGAAGGUAUACUAAAGGAGCUGAAGGACAGCAAGAGUCGCAUGGGUGAUAUGCAAAUGGAUGAUUUGCCUGAGCUGCAGAGCGUUCUGGCACAGCAGGAUGACAUGAUCAAGUUAAUUGAAGAUCAGUUGGCUCACUUGCGACAAUUGUUGUUGCUGCGCGAGCAAUUCAUUGCCCUGAUUAACGAGAUCAUUGCCUUCAUAAUGAAAUAUACCGAUGUCAUAAUUGACAUUGAGAACUCACCCGAUAGCCUAGAGGAUAAAAUCAAUAAAUACGAUGAUGUUAUUGUCAAGAUCCAGGAAUGCGAAGGUUUGCUUGCUUCGGCCAACGAUAAGGGCCAAAAGAUCGCCUCAGAAGGCAACGCUGCCGAUAAAAAUAGCAUUACCGAGCAAUUGCAAUCCCUGAAAAAUCAAUUGCAGAAUCUGCGCAAGGCCGUCGAAUCCCAGAGACAGAAGCAUCAACUGCAACUCGAAUCGCACAAGAAAAUGGCAGCUGAACUUAGUGAUAUACUGGACUGGCUGCACAACAAUGAAGGUGCCGCGAAAUCGCGACCUUUGCUUGACCGGGAUCCGGAGUCGGUAGAACACGAAUUACAGAAACAUCAGAGUCUGUGCCAGGAAAUUAAUUCCUAUCUCGAUAAGUUCAACAAAAUUAACGACACCGUCAAAACGGAGCUCGGCAUGCCCAGCUCACUUAUCGAAAUGCUCUCGGAGGGCCGUUCAUUGGUCUCUUCCCUACCGCGUGAGCUCGAGGAACGCGAGAAAUAUUUGAAAAAUAAUCGCGACUCGCGUCUGGAGUACAUGCAGCUGGUGGCCAAAUUCAAUGAUUGGGUGCAUGAGGCUGAGUUGCGCUUGCAGCACAGCCAGCAUGGCAUUGACUACGAGCACUUGGUAUCCGAUCUGGACGAACACAAGGUCUUCUUUGGAAAUGAGGCUCCCAUACGCAAUCUGGUGCACAAGCAAAUACAAGAGGCUGCCGAUAAGAUAUGGUCUUCGUUAAACAACUACGAACAAUCUGAGCUCUCCUCUGAAUUGUCGCAGUUCCAAACCAAGUUGGCCACUACCCUGGAUAAGGCCAAGACUCAGCAGAGCGAGCUGGAGCGGGAGGCCGAACGUUGGCGCGAAUAUCAACAGUCCAUUGAGCGCGUGAAGGCCACCAUCGAGCGCACCAAGUUCAGCGAUGAGCCUGUCCAGAACUUGGCUGGAUUGCACUUCAAUAUACAGAAGCUGACACACGCCAUUGGCAAUGUUCAGAGUCAAACCAGUGACCUGACACUCGUGAAUCAGCAGGCUCAGUCGCUGAUACGCCAAGCGGACUCGCGUAACCGCCAGCUUAUUGAGAAGGAUAACGCCGAUUUGAAUCGCAGCUGGCAGGACCUUAUUCGAAGCCUGGAGCAACGUCGCGACGGUCUGCAACAGUUGGCCGAGCAUUGGGAUAGCUUUGAGAACGGCCUGCACGGCUGGGAGAAGGCAUUAGGUCGCUUAGAGGACAAGUUCCGAAAUGUCGACCCAAUUGUAAGAUCCCGACGUCAUUUGGAAGAUACAAAGAAUGCCAUUCAGGAAUUACGUGAAGAAUCAAAUCAACUUAAAUCAUCACAUAAAGAAAUCGAGGCGCUCUCUAAAUCCAUCCUCACAUUCCUUGGGGAAGUACACAAACCCUCGGCGGAGGCCAUACAGGCCAAAGUGGAUAAGUUAGUGGAACAGCAAACCAGAUUAAACGACACAUUACGCGAUAAGGAUCAACAAGUUAGCAAGGAUCUCGAGGAGAUCGAGCAAGUCUUCCGUCGCAUCUCGGAGCUGCAGGACAAACUCAACGCCCUACACGAGCAAGUGCAAGGCAUUCACGUCUACGACGAGCACAUUGCCAAGACCGAACAAGCGCUCAUCACUCUACACAGUCAGGUGCAGCAGACGGCCGAGGAGAGCCGGUCUCUCAUUGCGCAAACCCAGGCGCACUACCAACAGAAACAGAACCUAGUACCCAGUGAUAUAGCGCAGGAGUUUACGGCACUUGAGCUAUUAGUGGAGCGCGUACAAGUGGCCAUGGAGACAAAAGAGAAGGAUUUCAAGCGCGCCAAGACCGUUCGCACCGAAUAUGUGGCCGGUGUGGACGAGAUACAGCGCUGGCUGUUACAGGCCGAGGUGCAGGUGCAGGAUCGCACUCUGGCGCCCACACAGAUGAAGGAGCUGUUGCAGCGCAUUAACCAUGAAAUAACCGGCAUUUACGAACGCUUCACCCUAGUCAAGACCAACGGACAGCUGAUCAUUGAGAACUGUCGCAACAGUGAGGAGAAGACACUGGUGCAGACGACCAUUGAUCAGUUGGCCGCUCAGUUGGGUCAAGUACGUGCCUGGCUGGACGAGAAGAAGCAGGCAGUGGGCGACAGCCUCGAUGCCUGGACACGCUUCAUGAAUCUGUAUCAAAUUGUCAUGUCUUGGGUGGCUGAGAAGCGAACGUUUAUCGAUCAAACGAUUGAACUGCGCACCCUGCCCGAGGCACGCAAUAAACUAAACGACUAUGUGGCGGCUGUGAAGAGCAUUAAGCCAAUUGUGAAGCAUUUGAGCGAAAUGGACAAAGAACUGGAACAUAUUGGACAAGUGACAACCGUAGGCGAUCUGAAGGACAAACUCCAAGAGGCCGAGGAUGCAAAGAUUUCUGUGGAAGCGGUGCUGCUGGAGAGGAACUCGCUGCUACAGGAGGCUUGCGAAGAGUGGGACCAAUGUGAGCGCAAAAUCAAGGAUAUACGCGUAUGGCAUGAAAAGACCAAGCAAACGCUCGAGUCCCCACAACAAAAGAAGAAACCGCUGCGAGACCAGCUAGGCUAUUGCGAGAAAACGCUGGCCGAUAUUAAUGUGCAAAAAACCAAACUGAGACUGUCCAUUGAAAAACUGGAGGUACAUUUCCGCAAUGGCAUGGGCGGUGAUCCACGUCUGAGCGAAAAUGUUGAUGAUUUGGUGCGAUUGCUUGAUGGUCUGAGUGAGGUGGUUCGAACCAAAUCACAAGAUCUUGAGCAAACACUCGCCCAAAUCGAUGUAUAUCAACAGCAAAUGCAAGCGUUGCGCCAACGCAUAAUACAGGAGGAGCAACAAUUACGUCUGGUUAUGGCGCCUACGUACUUACCGCACGAUCGUGAGCGCGCAUUAGCCGAGCAACAGGCAUUGCGACAAUCAAUCGAUGGCAUGCAGCAAGUUUACGAUGCUACCGCUGUGCAAUCCUAUGCGCUGGAUCCACAUUCAGUGGUAACCACUUCAUCGACUGUUUCGUUGCUUUUGAAGCCAACGGCAGUGGGUCUAACCUAUGCUGAAGUGUUAUCAGGACAUGCAAGUCCGGUAAGCAAUGAAACGGUGGCGCCCAGACAUGAAAAACGAGACACGACCACCACAACAACGACUAAGCAGCAGAAACAAACGAACGCAAACAACCAGACAAUCUCAACUACAACAACGACAACGACAAUUUACAAGCGUGGCGCACCUCACGAUACGGAUGCAGUGAGUUUGGAUCAAUGCGAGCUACCCGCGAGCAUACCCACGGCUGUUUUUGAACGCAGCGACCAAUACCAGGAGGAGGUUACACCAUCCAGCACCCCAAGAUAUGACGAAGCAACUGCAGAAGCUGCUCCCCCAGUUAUUAGCACAAGUCAAACAGAGCACGUCAGCGUUGAUCCGUCAAGCAACCAACGCACUGUUAAAACGAUUACCACAACAACUACGUAUAGCACGACUCAGCAACAAGUUCCUUUAAUAGCCAAUCAGAUCAGUGAGUUUAUUCAGAGUGAGCAAAACCAACAACAGCAACAUCAGCCGCAGCGGCAACAAUUGAAUCAGGGUAAGAAACUGCAGGCACCGCCCCGCGAGCAACGUCGAGGACGUUCCCCAAGGCGUAGACCGACUCAGCAACAGGAACAACAACCCACCAUUGAGGUGAAAACAAAUGAUCUGGAACAGAUAACGCAUCCUCAGCAACAACAACAACAAUUAUUCUUGCCUCGCGAUGAUCGUACGCGUUCACGCAGUCCCAUGUGGGUACCCGGCUCUACAUCAUACGCUGAAGUGUUGCGGGGCUUAGAGUUGGAGCGUUUGCAGGCCGAGAAUUUAGCCAGACAGGCAGCACAAGUGGCGCAACCUCACACGGACCUAACCAUACAGGAUGUUGUAGAUGCAAGCGGUGCAGCUGGUGAUCUAUAUGUGGCACAAUCCGAUCUCCAACAGCCACUCGAUCAGUAUGUGAGUGAACCAUCCUAUUCGGUUAGCACAACGACAAGCACCACGGAGCUCAGUUACCAGCAGCAACAACAGCGGGAUCAGCCAGAUCAAACUGAACAGGUGAAGCAAAUAGCAGGCUAUGAAGUGCCGAUGACAGCUGAGGAAAUUGCUGCUACCUAUUUGCAACCAGAUCCCCAAUUAUAUCAGUCAAUGUAUGAGAAUGUGGCGGAUAGUGGUCAAUGGAGUUACGUAACGACUGCAGCUGACGCCCAACCGCAGCAGCAGCAGCCAACACAAGUGGCGCAAAAUUAUUACGAUCAGAUGAUGCAAAUGCAGUACCCUAUGCCGUACCCGCCAGUGGCAGUGCCAUCUACCACGACCCAGUACCAACUCCUCACCGGUUAUUAUCAGCCAGUUGCUCAAAGCGAGGCCUAUCCAACGGUCUAUACUACGGAACCUUCGCAGAUAUAUUAUGCACAACAAACACCAGAGUAUACGCAACUCCCAUCAUCGGCGGAACCCACUGCAUAUGUCCCGGAGCCCGCUGAACCCUCUUACGUACUUGAGCCCUACAAUACUGAUAUCAGUUUGACGGGCUCGUCCACUACGGGCAAUAGUGUUUUAGAUCGCGUAGUCACCACACUUGCUUCAAUGGUUCAAAAUAACAGUGAAUCUCUUACAACUAGCACGCAACAAAUAACACCGGCGGCACCACCACCUCCACCACCUGAAACUCAAGAGCCUGCUCAGCAAAUUUACAUUGAGGAACAUGUACAAAUGCUCAGACCUGUAGAGCCACAGGAAUUCGAAUCAAAUGAGCCCCGUCCGGACAUUACCUUCGGUCAGUUCGAUGUCGAUGCCAUUGAGACCAUACCUAUCGAUACGAAAGAAUCCACAACAAACAUUCAAGAGACUCAUAUUAUACAACAAAUACCGCCGACUGUGGUAACGCAACGUACUCAAAAAUCUUCAUAUGAAGUUGUUGUGCCAGCUUCUUCCGCCCCAUUGCCAGACUCCCAAACAGUAACAAUACGUCCCCAUGUGCAACAACCACAGGAUCAGCAUAAACAGCAACAAGACCUCAGCACUGGCAGUACCUAUGCCGAAGUUCUUUUUGGUCUACAGCACAAAGAACACUCAGUUUUCCAGCCAUCCAGUCAACAACACAUACCCGUACGCCUGACAUCUUCACCACCAGAAGUUCGCAAAACAGAACAUGCACAUGUUCCGUCGGCGGCUAAUCAACACGGUAAACGUAAUGAUAAAUCGCCGGCGUGGGAUCGUGGGGAAGAUACGAAACCGUACAAGCAAAAACGACAACGAUAUGAGCAUCAUAUUGAGCCAAUACCUAUCAAAGUAAAUCCCAGAAAGGAAAAAGAAAAGGGCAUCAAGAAACACAAAGUCGAAUCGCCGGAUAAGAAUGGUGAUACGCACGUAUAUGAGGAAAUAGUGAAGGCUGUCAGUUCUGUGCCAGCCCCAAAGACAGAAAUUGUAGCCGAAGAGUCAAAGAAACAACCUGAACCAAAGCCGAGAACAUCAAGAAGGCAGAAAAAUACUGUCGAAGACUUGAUAGUAGAGCAGGCAUCCGUUGUACCUCCGGUUUUGAAUAUACCAGCGCCGAUAAAAAAAGAAGGAAAGCGUUCAAAGAAGAGAGGAAAUUCAUUGUCUAAAGAGGAUGCGACUACGACAAUAACAGAAACCGUAAUUGUGGAGCCAAUUGUGACUGAAACGAAACCUGGCGCUCAAAUUAUACCAGAAACUGUGGCACAGGAAGCACCAAAGAUAACGCCUGAUAAUAAAAGAAAUUCAAGGAGGCAAAUAAUUACUGUCGAGCACUUGACAGAGCAGUCAAAUCAAACGGCUGUGGAACCAGUGAUUGAACCUGUAGUUAUUCAAGAAGUAGAGGACAUUAAAGAUCCAGUUUUAACUUUAACAGCGCCGAUAAAAAAAGAAAGAAAGCGUUCAAAGAAGAGAGGAACUUCAUUGUCCAAAGAAGAUGGGACUACGACAGUAACAGAGACCGUCAAUGUGGAACCAAUCGUGGCUGAAACGAUACCUGUCGCUCAAAAUGUACCAGAAAAUGUGGCACAGGACGCACCAAAGAUUUUGUCUGAUAUUAAACAGGCUGUUCAUGAUGCAGAGGCUACAACACAUAUUGUAACAACAGACAUUGAUAAUGAACCGAUAAUCACAGCAUCGACUAACACGAUAUCCACUGAAAGUGGCACUACAACAAUUACCACAAGAAUUAUAACCAAACAUAUUACCAAACGUACGGUUAAACGCAUUGUCGAUGGAAAAGAGGAAAUUGUUGAGGAGGAUGUUUGUGAUGAGGCGCCCGAAGAAAACAUCUCGGUCGAGCACUUUGACUUACCCGUCGUUGAAACAAAAGCUACUGCUACCGAUAUUGGAGAUGUUACCGAUCCAAGUAUAAGUCAGAAUACUACAAUUGUACAAGGUGGUUCAAUAACGAAAACAACUAUCACUAAAACAAAACGUAUUUUGAAACGUAUAACAGCUGAUGGUGUGGAAGUUGUUGAAGAGUACUUGGAAAAUGAACCAGAAGUGGAACGGGAUAUAACUGUGCUACCAACUACAGUUCUAACAAGCGAGAGCGUGGAAAUUUCAGAUCACCUAGCUGCACCUCUUGAGCAAACCGAAGUUAGGCAAAUACCAGAACCACAAAAACCUACACGCAAAGACAAAAGGAAACACAAAAAAUCUCAGAGUGAGAAGCACGAGGCAUCGGAACUAUUAGUUGCAGAGUCGAUACAAAAACUUCACGAAGAGCCUACAGUAACGAACAUUUCAAAACGGGAAGACCUUGCAACAGCAGUUGCAGCUCAACCACAGAAGCCAACAAGAAAGGAUAAGAAGAAUAAACAUAAAAAGUCAGAAAGCGAAGAAUCUAAAACAAACACGGAAACUCCCAUAGUGCAAAAAGUGGCCGAAAUAAUUGAGCCACAGCAGCCCCUAGAAACUACAGAGCCCCUGAAUACACCAAGUGCAAUUACAACAGAUGAUAAACAAACAAAGUCAUCUGAUGGAUCUGUCAUCAGCGAUGAUGGAAGUCUUAUUAAAACCACAGUUAUACGUACAACAAAAAUUGUUAAGAAAAUCAAUCAGCAAGAAAGUCAAGAAUUAACAGUGUCCCCGCAAUUGAAUGUAGAGUCGAUGGAUGACUACGAACUGGCCAAGGAAGCAAUUGAAGAGCCUAAAGUGGACAAAUCAGAGACAAACAGUCGAGAAAUAAGCGAUGAGGGUGUUGUGAAGACAACCAAAACGACAACCGUGCGAACAAUCAAAAGCCCACAACUUACACCAAAACAUACUCAUGAGGUUGAUGACAAGUCAGAAUCUAUGCCAGAUGAUAGCACUAACCAAGUUAUAGAAAAUAGUGGGGUAUUGAAAACAACGACUGUACGAACUACAAAAAUUGUGAAGAAAAUUUCUCAAGAUAUUGAAAACACAAGUGAGACGAGUAGUGAAGCCGAUACAGUCUUACCAGUUGUUGAGUCUAUAAUUCGACAUGCUCCAGUCAUCGCUGAGUCAGUGACCACCGAAUCGAAUAGUGAUGGAGUGAGAAAAAUUACAACUAUGCGAACUUCUAAGGCUGUGAAUAAAACAGUUCCCAUAGAAGACCAUCCAACUAGUGUAGUUGGAGAGCCUGAAAUCGAGAAACUUUUGCAAACCGUUCCAUUCCCAACUGAUGCAAGUGUCGGUGCUACCUUAAAAGAAAAUACACUGAGUUUCAUAGAAUCUGAACAGAAAGCCAGUAAGCUGACAGCUGAACCAGUUCCUCAACUAAGCCCAGUGGACAAAUAUCAACAAAAAGAUGAAGAAGACUUCGUACGUUCUAAUGGAAAUGAGUCAGUUCCUGAACUUAAUGCUGUAGUCGCUGCGAAACCACAACAAUAUAGAACAGCCGAGUUAGUUGCAUCGGAACCGGAAGAUUCAUCUAUUAGUGGUGAUGUUGUAAAAACCACUAUUGUGCGAACGACCAAAAUUGUGAAGAAAAUUUCACAAAACGUUGAAAAUCAGAGCACUAUUGAAACAGUUGUUGCUGCUCCUGAUCCAGAGACGGAGAAGCUUGAAGAAGUGGUGCUCCCUACGGACAACAAAGAGACAAAUGCAGAAACUGGUGGUGUAACCAAAACAACAACUGUGCGUACGACGAAAAUUAUUAAGAAGAUGAGCGACGAUGGCGAAACAACUACAGAAGAGAGCAGUGUUACGAGUGAACCUAUAACUGUUCGCGAAGCAUCCCCAACCAUUUCUGAAAUACCCAGUGAAGCCUCAACAGCAUCGAGUCAAAUCGAUGGUGCCAUUAUAAAGACAACUACAAUUCGUACAAUGCGUAUAACGAAACGAAUAACAGAUGACGGACGCAUAAUUCUUACUGAAAAUGACAGUCCAAACGAUGUAAUCGUCACAUCAAGUAUUGAAAUGCCCGAACAGAGACCUAUUAGUCCCAUUGUAACUUCACGCCAAACAUCAAAGUCAACUUCCCCUGUUUCCACGCCUAUCACGGAAAUAAAAUUAGAUGCCAUUGCUUCUAAUGUUGAAUUAGGAGUUAAGGACAGUACCAAUAGAUCUGCUUUGAAGGUCGUUGACAUUAAAACUGAAGAACUGCCAAACGUGUACGACCAGCAAAUGCCUAACGAAAGUAUCGGGGUUAUCAAUGAGGCCAGUAGCAUUACUACUACUACUACUACAACAACUGCUAAAACCACAAUGCUUACAACUAUGCAACAGCGUAGCUUCGAAACCGAGGAUGGCACAAAUGUUCUUUUCGUUGGAGAAGGCAUUGAUAGUGCAUAUCCACCAGGCACAGUCCAAAAAAUUUCCCUAAUUACUCAUGAAGAAAAGUUGAAGACACCUAUCGUGAAAAUGCAUCUAGAUUUUCCGGAAGUGAGUCUUCGUGUAACAGAGACUGUGACUGAAAACGUGGAGUCCAUCGAGAAAGCUGCCGAAAGUGAUAAGAAUACUGUGAUUGAGGUAGUGGAGCUGUCCCAGCCAAUAGUCCCAGAAGUAGUAGUAGAAUCAACACCCAGAACCGAUUCUGAAAAUUCAAUCAGAGUGCCUAUUGUAGAGCCUAUUUCAACAGAACAGCAGCAGGUAGAUCAAUUAGUUGAAGUAUUGCCAGAGAAAGUGUCAGUUGAACAGCAAGUAGUUCAAAUAGAUACUGGCCAUUUGCCUCCUACUAAUUUAAGUCCCGAAGAACAGGUAUUGUUCGAAGACAUUAAAAAGAAACUUUCCAAACAAGAUAAGAAAAAACGCCCUGCAAUACCCGAAGAGUUCUUGAAACAAGAAACCAUUCAAACUUUAGUGGAGGAAAGAAUAGAUGAACUAGCUCAAAACUUUUUCAAAGACGUAACUUUAAUAUCGAAGCCGAGCUCAAUUGAGCAUACCAAAGUCGAUAUUCUUUACCAUGAAAAUAUACAAGAACCUACAAUUUCUGAUAUUGUUCCCCCCAAAACGGAACCGGCGCAUGUAGAGAUCCCAUAUGAAUCGUUGUUAUCCCCUGCUCCUACUAAUAUCGCUAAUGCUAAUCAAAUUGUUCCUGUGAAACCCAGCGCAUUAAUUACUGAAGCAUCUGUGGCUAACACGGAUCUAAUUUCGCAAGAGCUCGACGAGCUACUACAAUCGCUAUCAACCGUCGAGGAAGGUAUUGGAAAUUUGAAUCAAAACAGCCUGGAGGGUAUGCUGCAAGGAUUAAAGCUAAUCGAAAGCAAUCUGGAAGUACAUGAAAAGGAAGCCAAGAAAUUGAAAGCUCAAAGCAAAAUACUGCCUACGGACCCGGCAACGGAACGCUCCCUUAACGAAACAACAGACCGCAUUGACUUGCUACUAAGGCGAACACAGCAAGGCAUCACAAUGAUUGCUAAUGCUAUUCAUAGCCAAAAGAAGCAUCAGCAAGAGAUCGAUGAGUAUCAAAACCAUUUGCUGGAACUUGAACGUUGGAUCAACGAGGUCUCUGCAGAGCUGGCAUCAUUCGAGCCGACUGCCGAUAGUACCACAGAUGAGCAGGUGCUCAAAUCUCAAGUUGAACGUAGUCAGCAGCUAUUGCGAACGCUCAAGGAUCGACAGCAGUCGAUGGAUGAUUUAGUCGAGCAAACGCGACAGCUUCAAGCCCAGCCAGAUGUCGCACCUUUGGCCGACACUUUGAUGGAUCAGUUGCAGAGUAUCAUAACCAUACUGCGAGAACAGAUAACCGUAGCGACAACACGCAUUUUCACCAUAGAAAAGCGUAUUGUAGAUCUGCGCAAAGCAAAGGCCGACGAAGAACAACGGAAGCGUGUAUUGGCGGAUUCUCAAAUACAGCCACCAAUUGCAGCAGCUAUAUCCCGCGAAUCAAUUGAGUCUAACGAAAAUACCAUAGACUCUACGUCUAUGCCCGAAGAGGAAAUCAAACCGACAGGCAUUUUUGUUGAGACGCAAACAUCGAUUAGUCUGCAGCAGCCGCGCAUUGAAACAUCUAAUACCGAAGCACAAACAAGCUUCGCAGAAGCUUCGCCACCCGUAAUAGAAACAGCCGAGAUUGCAAUGCAAACUCAGAAAGAACGCGCGCCAACCGAAAACAUUGUAGUUACGCAAACAGUACAACAUGGUCAGGAAACAAUACAGAUUGAUACGACGCUCAACAAAGAGGUUCCCGAACUGCCAGAAGAUGUGGAAAUUGAAGCAAGAUAUCAUCAAAAGCCCCAAGGCGACGUAGAUCGUACCACCGAGUUGAUAAUAAAGAACGUGCCACAAUCGUUUGAAACUACAUUUGUCGAACCUGAUGAGACAACCACUGAGGUGGUUGUCGGACCAGAUGGCACCAAGCAUAUCGUUCUGAAAAAGGUGACACGUACGCGCCAACAAAUUGUGCAGCAGCAACAGAUCAGUUCAAUUGAGACAAUAAGCGAUUCUGAUGGCAAUAUACAAGUGCAAUCGACGGGUCAAGUAAAUUUAGAAAAUACGGAGACCAGAGAUACUAGCGGUGAUCCCAAAGAGGGCGGCUAUUGUACCGUGGUCACGCACCAAACUCGUGGCACAGUUGUGGAUGGUUCCCAUCCUGAAACCGUAAUCGUGCAAGAGUUUGAAACAGAGCCUGUAGUUGAACAGUAUGAAGAGCUCCACAGCCCAGACGUUCAGGUUCGCGGUGUGCCUUUACAUGAGGGCGAUGUGACAUACCUGAACAUUGAAAAUUUACCCACAACCGUUGACACUGUUCAAUCACAGAGCAGCAUACGUGCUGUAGUGCAGCAGGUGACGCGCAAGGUCAUACGUAAGACCCGCAAAAUCAUAAAACGUGUGGUAAUUAUCGACGGCAAGGAACAUAUCACCGAAGAAGUCAUCGAAGAGCCAGAAGAAAUUGAGGUAACAGAAGAAGAAACAGCGCCACAUAUCAAUGUCAAUAUUGUGCGGACGGUAAAUGGCAAGGUGGUGAGCGAGGAAGAGUUCCAACGAAUGAUGGCGCAACCGGGCGUAGUCAUCGAAGAAGUUGCCACGGAUCUGUCACAACCGACAGUUGAACCGCCGCAACAGGUAUUUGCUAUUGAGUCUACCACCAUCACCCCAAACACACAAAAACAACAACAGACACAACCAACAACUGCAAUAACAACAACAGAAACAACUACAACAACAAGAACAACUAUUGCAAAAGAAGCACCAGUAGAAUUUGUUGAAUUGCCAGCACCUCAAGUAGACGUUGAAGAAAUAGUAGACAUUGCUACUACCAGUCCCGUUAAUGUUGCAGAAAAGGAAUUAACUGGGCAAAUACCCACUACAACGUCUCAAAAAAUUAGUCGCAGCCAGUCCGUAAAGGAUAUCACUGAAAUUUGGCCCUUGGAACACAAUUUGAAGCCAACAAACAUUGAUUUCUCUCAUCAUGAAGAUGAACUUGCACCUCCUGCUGCAGUUAUAACAGAGAUAUCCAUGCCAGUAGAACAAAUUUGGCCGACAAGCCCGGAAACUGGUAACUCGGUAUCUCUCGAAUCAUACGAAUUCGAGCUGCAUUCCCCAUCUGCCGAAACCCUAAAACAACAAGAGCCUGAUUAUGUGACUAAAGCAUCAAUCGUUACCCCCGCAAUAGAGCCAAUCGCUGAACCUUUAGUCAGCGAUGCACCUGCAGCUUUAGUUGUACCAGAUGAGCCAAAGACUGAAGAGGAAACACUCUUACAAGCCAAGCAUAAGCCUGCAGAAUCACAAAUUGCUUCAGAUGAUGCACCUGUAGAAGCCACUGCCCCACAAGUUGAAGAAAGUGAUCAUUUAACUCCAGCUACGGGUACCAUAACAAUAACCAAGAAGACUACAAGCAUUACGACCGCAACUGAGCUACCUAUUGUACCUUCAGUCAAAGAUGUGCCUGCAGUUGCAGACGCACAGCCACAGACCAAAAUCGAACAACCUGUCGUGUCAGAGCCGCAACCAAUUUCAGAUGUAACACGUGAAGAGGUCGUAAAGGAAGAACAUAUGGAAGAGUCUCCAGCUAUUGGUUCCAUAACAAUUACCAGAUCAACGACUAUCAUCCCUGCUGCAUCAGAGCUACCCGAAGCACAAAAGUCUAGCGAAAAGCCUGCGUUUGAAAAAGAACAAAAACCAGAGCAGUCCAAUUUCACAUCAAAAACUGAAUUGGAAGCCUUCUUGGAAACAGAACAAAAGCCUGAUAUUACAGAACCUCAAACACCGUCAGUGGUUGUAAGUAGCGUCGAAGAGCAACCUCCCCAAAUUGAUUUACGUGUUGCAACUCAAAUGUUUAUCUCUGGAGAGGCUACUGCUUUUGAAGCUCCCCGCAAAUCCUUCCAAAUCACCGCACCAUCAAUUGAGAACGAAGGUGCUGGUGUGCUGAAGGUUGUCAUGAAUACGCCCAAAAGCGAUGUCGGUGAAGAGUCCGUUGUGCAGCCUACCAAGGUGAGCAUGACCAUUGUUCAGACCGCUACCGCCCCUGCUAUAGGACGAGAUGGUGAUAUCAGUACCAAACGAAGUCGAAAGAAGAAGAAAAGAAAGGAUUCAGAUAAAGACGAAAAAGUUAAGCCAGAAGUAGUAGAAGUUUUGUCUGAAAUCGAAGCGGAAUCUGCUAAAGAAACGGGCUACGAGGCAGAAGACAAGACCGUAGCUGACGAUGACGAUUCAACUGAUUCAAAGAAAAGGCGCCGCAAGAAGAAGAAGCAAAAAGAAAAGGUGACAGAAGAUGAGGAUUCGCAUAUACCGGCGUCAACGGAUAAUUCGCGGCACGAUGAUACUGCCAGUAUUGAAUCUGAGGGUAAAGUACGCCACGAGUCUGUUGUGGAAAUAAGCCCAGAGAGUGAUUUGUCAAGUAUGGAUAUAGAUACAACUGUCAAAGUGGUAGAGGACGCCGUGCUUUCGUCACCUUCGGAGACACCACGCACGCCUAUUAUGGAAUUGGUUAUACCAACCGAAGUUGUUGAACUGGCCAUAAUUGAAGAUGAAGAACAACAGACAACUCCACGUGCGCCUUCGCCAGCAGCGCCUUUAGAAGCUGAAACUGACAUUAAAUCUGUACAAACGUCACCAGAAAGGCGACCCAAGCUUGACGAGUCAUCCGUUCAAACCAGCCUAGACAUCAAACCCGACAAUCAGGAAAAUGAAUCACAGACUUUGGUUAUUGAGAUUACAGAUACUGAGGCACAAACUACUCCACGUACCGACGAGAAGCCAAUUGAAGAAGCAGAGCCUGUCGAGGUAACCACCACUGAAAUGCAAACUGACGUCAGUGGACAACCUGCGGAAACUGUCGAGAUCUCCAGUCAGACCGUUGUAACGACAACCUUCGAAAAAGAGCUGCAGACCACGCCCAAAGAAUCACCACGUGAGCCAGAGCCAGGAAGCUGCGAUGUAGUGCAACUGCUUGUGACAGAUUUGGUCAAGGAAAUGACCACCGAUUUGCCAGUCCCCACAUCCGAGCAGUCGACCGGCACAGAUAUUAGAACCACCACAGAUACGCACAUGCAAACUUCAACACCAGAGCCUGUAGAACUCGUUUCAGUCGCGAAACCAGAGGUUAGCGAUGAAACUACUACAACUAGCGAAUUGGUGCAAGUUAUCGAUGGCAUGGCGCAAACAACACCCCGUGAAGAGCAGCCAACAUCUCUGGAUGAUACCUCAAUCACCACAACCUCUGUUUCAGAACCGUACGAACUUGAAGUAAGGACUACUGUGGCCAUACCUCCAGACUCGGACACUUCAGAAAUCGAACCAACAUUGUACGAAUACACGCAAACUAUGGAGCUUCCUAAGCAGGACAAGAAAAAAUCUAAAAAAGACAAGAAGAAGCACAAACGUGAAAGCCAACCCGAGACUAGACCUGAACUUGUGGCUGAGGCACUGGAAGAACCCCACAUCAAUGUGACAGUUGAGAUUGCUCCCGAGCUCCUCACAGAAUCCGGUAUAGUUGUGUCUACAAACCAACAAAUUGAAGAAGUGCCACAUGUUUCUCCUGUCGAUGAAACAGUUAUUGCGGUAGAGCCCGUUAAAAUCGAGGAAGAUUUACAAGAAAAGCCGCAACGUGUGCAGCUACACAUCACCAAGACGACCGUCUACGAUGAAUACCCUGAUCUGCCAGUGCAUAUAAUUGAGCAAAAUAAGGUGAGCAUCGCCUCACAACAAGGUAGUGGCUCUAAGCCACGCACGGGUCCAACAUCAUCAGUAACAAUCGAAGAGGUAUCUUCGCCCACUGAGGAGUUGGUUGUACCUAUUACGCCUGGUCCGGAUAACAUCAAUGAGGAAAACAUUUGGUUAACCGCAACAACAACUGUUGAGAAAACGCCACUGGAAUUAUCACAAGCAUUAAUCAUGUCCGAAAGCUUGAUGAACUAUCCUGGCCAACAUGUUGGAACGGUUAAACCAAAGGCGACCAGCUGGACUGAAACUACGGAUGCUAUUGGUGAUCGCAUUAAGCACAUUAAGCAAUCGGUACCACAACAGCAAACACCGCUUAGCAAUGUCCUUCACUUGGCAACCUUGUCUAACCAGAUUAAAGAGUUACCCACCGAACAGCGGUUGCAGGACGUCAAUGAAGGUCUGCAAAACUUGGAUGCAGCACUACGCUCUGGUGAUCAGACUGUCAUACAAACCACAGUCAUCACAGUCGUAGAAAAGGUGUCGACCUGGCUGGAAACAAUUGAGUAUCGUGUAUACCUCAUACGUCAAAACUCCAAUGAAGGUCCUUCUGAGCAGAAACUCGACAACUACAAUCAGCUGAACGAUGAACUGCAUACAAUAAAACAAAAUGUGAAUGUCCUGGAAAAUCAACUGAGCCACGCCGAAAGGCCACCAGCACCGGAAGUUUUACAGUGUGUUGACACGCUAAAGGAACAUGUAGAGGCAGUAGAGAAGGUCACUCAGACUAACCAGUCUCAGGAUGCCAACGAUCUGGAAAAAUGGAACAAAUUUGUAAUAUUGUUGCAAAGUGUUACCACAGUGCUGGAACAAUUACAUCAGCGCUACGAGCUUGUCACCACUCAGGACUAUCCACUAUCUGCUAAACUGGCCUAUCUAGAUGAUUUGGAGCAGAAACAUGCCGAUUCGCAACAGCAGAUUUCACAGCUUAUGGCAAAUGCGCGUGCUUUUCAGCGCGACUUCCCUGGCAAGAAAAUGCCACAGGACAUAUACAAUGCCUAUGAGGCCAGCAAAAAUAUUGAAAACAACAUUGCGACCGAACGUGAACGUCUGCUGCAGUUGCUCUCCCUGGCCGAGGAAUACGAACAGACACUCAAAGAGUUUACCAACAUCACAGUCCUAGCUGACAAGUUGGUCGAAAGUCCAAUAGUCUCGAGCACGCUUGAGCAACUAAAUAACGAAGUACAGAAGCAGCGCAAGUUCUUUGUCAAUCUGAGCCAUUGCCGGGCCAUGCUCGAGUCUCUGGAGGAAAAUAUUGAUAGUGAGACUCGCGAAAAGCACUCCGAACUGCACAAAGAACUUUACAAUCGUGCCACACAAUUGCUGGAUAAGGCGUCGGAGCGCUCAUCCAAACUGGUGCAGGCCGCUUCACGCUGGACGGUGCUUGAAAAGGGAAUGCGCGACGAAUUGCAAUGGUUGCAAGUGGCCCAACAACGUGUACCUGAUCUAUCAGCUGUGACAUCCGCCGAUUUCGAUCAGUACACCACGCUAUAUCAGUCGCUAAGCAAUGAUAUCUCCCAUCAUUAUGUAAAGAUGACCCAGCUUUCCAACAUUGCGAACAAAUUGCAGCAGUUGGUCCAGGCUCCAAAUCUGGUAGAGGAAACUAAUGAGGCACUCAUUGUGCUGCUCAAGCUGCGUGAGGAAGUUGGACUCUAUUUGCAUCGUCUGCUCGUAUUCAAAGAUAUCUGGGUACAGUAUGAGCAGCAGACCGAUAAAAUGGAAGCAUUUGUACGGGAAGCUGAGCAAGAGCUACGUAAAAUCCAAAUACCUUCAGAGCCCACUCAGGAACCAAUUGAGCAUAUGCGUCAAUUCUGGGAGAUCAAGGCACGCUUCGAGUUGCAUAACAACAUACGCAACGAAGCUGGACAUACGUUCGAGAAAUCCCUACAGGUCAUACCAUUGGCUGACGAAAUGCUUCAGAGACAGUUCCAUGCACAGCUCGAGGAUCGCUGGCAAGCCGUUGCCCAAUCAAUUGAACAAAUUCAAAAUAAUAUCGUCAAAUGCCUCUCCUCCGAAGAUAUGCCCGCUGAUGAGAAACUGAAGUUGGUCGAACGUGAGUUACAGGAAAUUUACUUGACCAUGACCAGCAUGAAGGGUGUAAUCAAGAAUGAGGAAGAACUUUGUCUAUAUAUAGAACGAAUCCAAGUGCUGCGCACUCGAGUGGGUUUCAUUGGCAAUGAAUUGGGUCGUAUUGGCCUACAGGAACCGGCUAUUGAACCCGAAAAGGUCGGCCAAUUGUUUGCCUUGUCCCACAAGAUCAGCACCCAAAUCGCCGAGGAACUUGAGGGUGCCUCUGUGCUGCGUGAUCAACUACAGGCGAUCCAGGAGGGAAUAAGCAAUCAACGCAAACAUCAGGCAAAAAUAUCCGUCAUACUGGAUGAGUGUGAGACUGCGGAGCGCCAAGGCGCAGAUGUUCUUGAAAAAGCAGUCGUCGAUUGUCAGGGUGCAGGAGAAGAGCUCGUUUCCAGCUGGCAAGAAAUAAUGCGUAUACGUCAAAUGCUUCAUACACUGCCUAUGCGUCUCAAGAUGUCCGUGUCGCCUGUCAAGCUGGAGCGCGACAUUUCACAGCUACAAGACGAUCAUGCUUUCCUCGAGAGCAAAUGCACCAACAUUAUGGCUAUACUUCGCAAUCGUUUGGCACUUUGGCUGCGCUAUGAACGACAACUAGAACUGGUACAUGGCUCAGUACAAGAGACGGACUUCAUGAUGGAACUGAUACGCGUGCAUGGACAGGUCGACUAUGAACGUCUUAGAAAGGCCACCGAAAGGCUAGAGGGUCUUGCCGGCGAUCUACAUAAUCGCGAAGCGUUACUCGAUGAGCUAAAGGGUGCCGCAAAGCCGCUGAUUGAGACCUGCGAUGUGCAAAUCGUUGAACAAAUCGAAUCGGCAGUGCAAGACGCUGUAGUAUCCUGGCAUGAUACCUCUGAGACCCUCCAACAUUUGUGUACACGGUAUCAGCGAGCUGUGGAGCUGUGGGAUAAGUAUCGUAACGCUUCGGCAGCGGUCAAGAAGUCCAUUGAACAGCAAAUGGAUAGCGUCAAGUCCUUGGAGCAGCCCUUGGAUGCCAGACAACAUGCCAAGGUCUGCCAAGAGAAUCUGAAUACACAAAACGAACGUCUGCUGGAGUUACGCGACAUUGUCUCGAAAAUUGCAGCGGAUGUGGGGCUGGAUGCCUCGGCUCUUAUGCAAGGUGAGCUCGAUGCCUUGGGUCAGCGUUUGUCCGAAUGCAAGGAUGCAAUUACUACGCUGGCCAAUGUGGCCGAAACACAGGAUAAGGAGCGCAAGGCCCUCGACAAGGAAAUGACACAGGCCAAAGUGUACUUCAAAAAUGUGCAGCAGGACAUAUCGCACGAGGUCCCACAAACGCCCAAGGAAAGCGAGGAGCAGCUUAAUGCCUUGCGUGCUCAUUUGCAGACUCUUGCCCGCACUGAGGAGCAACUCAAGCAGCUGCGAGAACGUCAGUAUGAAAAUGACACUUUGUCUGCACCUCCCCAAAGCGAUGAUAGCAUCAUUGAGGUCCUGGAGUUGUGGCAACGCAUAUUCCAGGAUACUUUCCAGGAAUACCACCGCCUUUCCACACGCUUGGUUCGCACCCAAAAUAGCGCUGAAGCAUUGCGUCUGUGGCGUCAAUAUUUGCAGCAUGUGCAGUCCUUCCUCUCUUGUGCCAUACCCGAGGACUAUACGAGUCUCAAGGAACAAUUACAGUUGUGUGCAAUACAUCAGAAUUUGUUGGUAUCCCAACAGAGCGUCCUGUCCGAUACUCAGUUGGAGCCGGAUAUGACGGAGCAAUAUAAGGCGCUGACUAAUUUGCACAACGAGACGCUUUCACGUAUCAUGCAACGCAAUGGCGAAUUGGAACGUCGCGUCGCCAGCUGGAAUGCCUAUCGUGUGGAUCUGACAGACCUGCUUGACUGGUUAAAGGAUCGUGAAAAGGAGCGUAGUGCCCUACAAUUACGCUAUAUCCAUCUCAAGCGUGUGCCCCAUCUGAAACAACGCCUGGAUGCUUUGUUGCAACAACUACCACAGGGCGAACAAAUGAAUGCUAAGCUCAAGGCUCAGCAGCAGGAAUUGCUCCGUUUCUGUGAUGAUGCCUUAGCCACCUCUAUACGCAUGGAGCAAGCCAGUGUGGCACAACGCAUUAAUAAUUUACGAGCUGCACUCGAGACCUGGCAAGGCUUCCUCACUAGGGUGAGUCAAUUGUCGAGCUCAUAUGACAAACGCGUGGAGCAACUGCAGCAGGAAUUUGGACGAGCUCAGCAGCUGGUUGCCAGCACUGCGGCUCAACUGCCCACUCAGCCACAGGCAAUACAAGAGCAGUUGGGGGCCUUGCGAUCACAACGCAUUCAACUGAAUGGUCAAACACCCGACUUGGAAAGUCUUACCGUCGCCCAAGAGGAGCUUAAGGAGUGCAUUAGUCCGCACGACAUGAAGGCCAUACGCCAAAGCGUUUGGCUACUCUGGCAACAGCAUGCCGAUCUCGAUUAUCAGCUGUCCACGCUCAUUAAUGCCAUCGAGGAGAGACUAUCUCUUCUCUCUGUGUACAACACACGCUACGAACGCAUCUCCCAGUGGCUGCAGGGUCUAGAACAUCGUGUGGAACGUGAUUCUGACAUAUCCGCCAUCGCCAAUCCCGAGGAUGCAGCCAAACAGUUGGAAAAACAAAUCAAUGCUGAACUGAAGCUACGCGAUAAGGACCGGGAGUGGCUACUAUCCACAGGUCGAGAGUUGCUAACACUGUAUGCGGACGCGUCGCCAAAUGCGGCAAGUGUGCGUGCCGAUGUGCAAGAGAAAUCUGAUGCUCUACUCGAUCGCUGGGAACGUCUGAAGUAUUUGUGCAAACAGCGUACCAAUAAGAUCAAUGAUUUGAAAAUGACGCUGUUGCGCCUAGAGGAACGCAUUGCCCUAAUACGUGGCUGGAUGUUUGAAGUGGAAUCCCAGUUGGACAAGCCGCUCAGCUUUGAUUCCUACACGCCCAACGUAAUAGAGGCCAAGCUCAAAGAACAUGAGAAAAUCCAACGGUCUAUUGAGAAUCACAGCAGCAAUGUGGGCGAGGUUCUGAAUCUUGUCGAAAUGUUGCUCAAUGAUGCGGACACUUGGCGCACUCACGUGAAUACUUCAAAUUUGGCAUCAUCUGCCCAGAAUCUGGAGAAACGCUGGAAGAAUGUGUGCAGCCAAUCAGCAGAGCGUAAACAGCGUAUUCUCAACAUCUGGAAUAUGCUACAGCAACUUAUCAAACUGACCACCGAGCACAAGAGCUGGUUGGGUAAACAAGAAGCAGACAUCACAGCUUUUGAACGAGAACUGAAGAACCCCAAAAAACAAAAGUUGAGCGAACGUCAACAAGCACUUGUAGCUAAGCUCCAUGAGCUGGAAAGCCAAUCGCCGAAUUUACGGCAAUUGGAACAAACCUAUGCCAAAUUAAGUAUGAGUGCUGGAGUGGACCCGGAGAACAUUCAAAAACUAACGAUGCCCACAAAGGUGAUGUUGACCAAAUGGCGCCAAUUGACACCACGCUGCAACGCUGUAUUGGAUACCAUUGAUAAGGAUGCCAAAGUGUUACGCGAGUUUAACAAUGCUCAACAGGAGGCUACAAAUACACUGACGGCCAUACAAAGGACACUGGAAGAAAUUCCCAAUGCUGAAGAUACGAAUACAAGUGAAGAUCCCAAAGCGAUACUAAAGCGUGUAGAAAGCAUAGAGCGUAAGCUUAAGCAAGCCGAACAGCAGGUUCAACAAGCUGAUGCGCUAGCUCAAGAUGCAAAGUCAAGUACGAAACAGCAGGAUCAACUCUCCCAACUACUCACUCUAAUCACCACAUAUACUACGCUCUGGCAAACAGUGCAGAUGCGAUUAACUACACUGAAAACGAGUUGGUUGGCUCGUGCCGCUGCAGCUGUUCCCGAAGCCGUUCUGAGUGCUACACGCACCUCCGUUGCGAAUGCGGGAGUCCAGGUGAGCACGCUAUCACAGCGUCGUCUACGACAAGCACAAAUGCAACGAGAAACUUCAAUUACGGCAAAAGAUGCCUACAUUAUGGAACUGGAUACGGCAAUAGGCGAAUGCAAGGCCAAUUUGGAUGAGCUGCAACGAACGAUUGCGGAUAAGACACGCAAGCCGGGACCGCAAAAGAUCUCCAAAUUGCUGGGCAAUGCACAGUCCUCAACGGAACUUGUCAAGCAUUUAAGCAACCUAUUGGUUACCGAAUGCGAAGCGAGUCCGCAGGCCGCUCAGGUUGAGACCGUGUCAGAGCUGGCGCUGCGCUUUGAUACGCUGCAGUCGCAGUGGAAGGCGCGCCAGCAACACGAUCAGAACGCUAGCGAGGUCGGCCGCCUUACGUGUCCGCUCUGCACGCAACGCAACUGGCAACAGAUCGACAAUGAUCUGUGGCGUCUUGAGCAGUGGCUACAGUUUGCCGAAAGUACUCAGAAAUCCCAAACAUCGCCGCCCUCAAAUAUUGAACUCCUGGAGGAUGUAACCCAGGAUCAUCGUGAAUUCCUGCUUGAUCUAGAGAGCCAUAAAUCGAUCAUUUCAUCACUGAAUGUGGUCGGGGAUCAUUUGGCCACUCAUACAUUGGACACGGAGAAGGCACGACAGUUGCGCUCACGCCUCGAGGCAGACAAUGAGCGCUGGAACAAUGUGUGCAUCAAUGCCACGAAAUGGCAAGGGCUCUUACAGACCGCACUCAUGGGCAAUAGUGAGUUCCACCAGACCAUUGAUGAGUUGGUGGAUUGGCUGCAAAAAACAGAAGCGAACAUCAAGGCAUCGGAACCAGUAGACUUAACCGAGGAUCGCGCUGUUCUUGAAAGUAAAUUUAACAAAUUCAAGGACUUGCGAGCCGAACUAGAACGCUGCGAGCCUCGAGUUGUGAGCCUACAGGAUGCUGCGGAUCAACUGCUGCGUGCUGUUGAAGGCUCUGAGGAGCAGUCACAGCACACAUAUGAGAGAACACUUUCCAGACUGACCGAUCUACGUUUGCGAUUGCAAUCAUUGCGCCGCCUCUCUGGCAUCUAUAUUGUCAAGCUGGGCUCUGUGCUUGGCUAUGAGGGCGAAAAUCUGGGCGUGCCUUUGCACAUGUUGUCGAGUGAGCUUUUGGAUAAUCCUACAUUAUCAACCUCUUCUAUACAGGCCGCCGCACCAAACACAGAAAAUGCAAACAACACCAGCACCAAUGGCGAUGCUGUCGAUGGAGAUGUCAUCAAUACCACAGUUCUAGCGCGAGGUGCUCGCUUCCUAGGACGCGUUGCACGUGCCUCGUUGCCCAUACAAGCGCUCAUGUUGUUGCUUUUAGGUGUGGCAACACUGGUGCCCCACGGUGAGGACUAUACGUGCAUGUUCUCCAAUACAUUUGCGCGUAGCUUGGAGCCAAUGUUGUCGUAUCCGAAUGGACCGCCGCCGACAUAAACGACAAUUAAUCCAACAAUUGGAUUAGUGCGCAACCAAAUAUUCAAAAUCUAUAAUUUUACCAAACCAACCUGAACAUACUAACAACAACUAAGUACAUAUGUACUUAUAUGCAAAUACUCGUAUAUAUGUACAUACAUAGUUGAACAACAUCAAGAAUAUGCCUUUUGAAUAAUGAAUGAAAGAAGAAUAACGAAGAGUUAAAUCAAAAACAAAACAAACACUUUUUGUAAACAAAAUUAUUGUGCAAGCACACAUGUAAAAUGUUACGACUUUGUAAAUUUUUGUAAUUUUCCCUCGAUUUGAAACAAUGUAGUUUAUUUGGUAGUUAGAGGCAUGUACAUACCUAUAUGUAAUAAAGAGAUGAAUACAACAAA